AUGACAAUACUAAUGAGAUGUCCUCUCGAUGACACUUGCUAUGACCUCUCUGCACUUCUUCGCAACUUGACAACCUCCUCAAAUACUAUUAUAUCUCGUCCACAAAUUUGUCCCACUCUCGCUGUC